AUGCGUUUUUCCAGCUCGAUUGUCUUAGCAUUGGCUUCCUUCACCGCCGCUCACCCAGGCGAGGACCACCACGAUGAGCUUGAACAGCGUCGUUCAUUCGAAGCCAGUUCUGAGAGGCUGUCUUUGCGUCACUGUGCUGAAACGUUGAAGGCUCGCGGUGUGACUGACCGUAACAUCAAACGUCGAUCAGCUCUGAUUCAGGCGCAUCGCCAGAAGUGUGGUAUCAAGAAGCGUGAUCUUGAGGACGUGCUCAACACGGACCACAACAAGACAAACCUCGGUUUCACACCUAACACCCCGCCCGACACUCUCUUUGCCGGACAGAAUUCCUGUGUCCUUACCCCCGAGGUUACUAUCGGUCCCUACUACGUCAGUGGUGAGGACAUUCGUCGCAACCUCAAGGAAGAUCAAGAGGGUGUUGACCUUAUUCUCGACUACCAAAUAAUCAACGUUGAGACCUGUGAUCCUGUGCCAGAACUCUAUCUUGAUAUUUGGCACUGCAACGCUACUGGUGUCUAUGCUGGUGUGAAUAACGCGGGCAACGGAAACACCAACGACCUGACCAACAUCGACAAGACCUUUGGUCGUGGUAUCCAGCAAACCGAUGAAGAUGGUGUUGCUCAGUUCGAAACACUCUUCCCCGGCCAUUAUGUCGGCCGAACGACCCACAUUCACCUCCUAGCUCAUGCGAACGCUACGUUGUUCAAGAAUAAGACCCUUGGAAACGAAGGCUACAGCAGCCAUAUAGGGCAGACCUACUUCGACCAAGACUUGAUUCACGAGGUUGAGAGUCUUACCCCCUAUAACACCAACAAGCAGGUUCUUACGACCAACGCUCGCGACGGAAUUCUCGCCCAGGCUGCCAACCAGGAUUAUGACCCCGUUGUUGAGUGGACUCUUCUUGGUGAUACCGUCGAGGAGGGUGUUUUUGGUUGGUUAGCUUACGGCGUUAAUAUCACUGUCACCAAUAAGGUCGUCCCGGCUGUUUUCAGAUAUAAGGAUGGUGGGCAUGCAAACCCUGAAUUUGGAGCGGGUGGUGGCCCAGGUGGUCCUGGUGGCCCUCCUCCCCCAGAGGCAGGUAACUAA